AUGAUUAAGUUCACCGGCAAGAACUUGAUUAGAGGCUUGCAAAAGACGAUUUUGGCAAAGCCUAGUCAUUUGACUGUGCAGACAGCUCUGAUGAGAAAGUUUAGUUUUUCAUGUAGGGCGUUGAACCAAGCAAGUCUCACUGAAGAUGAAAAAGAGCUGCUAAGUGAACCAAGAGCGCGUGAUUAUGUGGAUGUUUGUAUUGUUGGAGGAGGACCUGCAGGAUUGGCAACCGCAAUUAAACUGAAACAACUAGAUAAUGCCUCAGGAACAGGUCAGUUGCGUGUUGUUGUCCUUGAAAAAUCCAGUGUACUAGGUGGGCAAACUGUUUCCGGUGCGAUAUUAGAACCGGGAGUGUGGAAGGAGUUAUUCCCUGAUGAAAAGUCCGAUAUAGGUAUUCCGUUGCCAAAGGAGUUAGCCACUCUGGUUACUAAAGAGCAAUUGAAGUUUUUGAAGGGAAAAUGGGCCAUAAGCGUUCCCGAACCAUCCCAAAUGGUUAACAAGGGACGUAAUUAUAUUGUUUCUUUGAACCAAGUCGUCGGAUAUUUGGGAGAAAAGGCCGAAGAAGUAGGUGUUGAAGUAUAUCCUGGCAUAGCUGUUUCAGAUCUCAUCUAUGAUAAGGAUAAUGCGGUGAAAGGUGUAAUCACUAAGGACGCUGGUAUUUCAAAAUAUGGCAAGCCAAAGGAAACUUAUGAACGUGGGAUGGAAUUUUGGGCAAGACAAACUGUAUUAGCAGAAGGCUGUCAUGGUUCCUUGACAAAACAAGCCAUUAAAAGAUAUGAUUUGAGAAAAGGCCGACAGCAUCAAACGUAUGGAUUGGGUAUUAAAGAAGUUUGGGAAGUCAAACCGGAAAAUUUUAACAAGGGGUUUGCAGCGCAUACUAUGGGGUACCCGUUAUCCAAUGACGUUUAUGGUGGUGGUUUUCAAUAUCACUUCGGUGAUGGACUGGUUACUGUAGGUCUUGUCGUGGGAUUGGAUUACAAGAACCCUUAUGUUUCACCUUAUAAAGAAUUUCAAAAAAUGAAACAUCACCCGUACUAUUCCAAAGUUCUAGAAGGCGGCAAGUGCAUUGCGUAUGCUGCAAGAGCUUUGAAUGAAGGUGGACUUCAGUCCGUACCAAAAUUAAACUUUCCGGGCGGUGUGUUAGUAGGAGCUAGCGCCGGCUUUAUGAAUGUCCCAAAGAUUAAGGGAACUCAUACUGCGAUGAAGAGUGGAUUGCUUGCCGCUGAAAGUAUCUUCGAAUCCAUAAAAGAAUUGCCUGUGUUGGAAGAUAUCGAAGACGAAGAUAUCAAAACGGAAAUGUUCUCUAGAGAGUCAAUUAUCAACUUGGAGUCAUACGAAAGUGCAUUUAAAAAUUCAUCUAUAUAUAAAGAACUAUAUGAAGUGCGCAAUAUCAGACCAUCGUUUAGUGGGACACUUGGCGGAUACGGUGGUAUGAUUUACUCAGGAAUUGACUCCUUGAUAUUGAAGGGAAAUGUUCCUUGGACACUGAAGUUUGAUGAGAAAAACGACGGCGAAAUUUUGAAACCUGCUGCCAACUACAAACCGAUAGACUACCCUAAACCGGACGGUGUACUCUCUUUUGAUAUAUUGACAUCCGUGUCCAGAACAGGUACGUACCAUGAUGAUGAUGAACCAUGUCACUUGAGAAUUCCCGGACAAGAUAUGGUAAAAUACGCCGAGAGAAGCUUUCCUGUUUGGCAAGGUGUUGAAUCAAGGUUUUGUCCAGCAGGUGUUUACGAGUUUGUCGAAGAUAAAAAAUCACCUAUAGGCAAGAGACUUCAAAUCAACUCGCAAAAUUGUAUCCAUUGUAAAACUUGCGAUAUCAAGGCACCUAGACAAGAUAUUACGUGGAAAGUACCGGAAGGCGGAGAUGGACCAAAAUACACACUCACUUGA